GUGACUGUGAGCUGCCAACACCUUGUGGAAUCCAGAAGUGCACCACCGAUUUUGUGUCCUUAACUUCACAUCUCAACUCAGCUCUUGAGAGCUUUGAUUUGGAGUUCUGCAAGGCCCUGCGAGCGUACUCUGCCUGUACCUAUCGGAAUUCCAAAGUAUGCCGUGGAAACCUAGUCUACCAUUCUGCAGUGCUUGGGAUCAGCGACCUCAUGAGCCAGAGAAACUGUUCUAAAGAUGGACCCACAUCCGCCACCAACCCUGCAUUGACCCAUGAUCCCUGCAAUUACAGUGGCCACACAGAAGCCAGAGAACAUGCAGGGGGGGAGAAGAUGACUCCUCCUACUUACCUAUUUUGUGGGCUGUUUGGGGAUCCUCAUCUGAGGACUUUUAAAGAUCACUUUCAGACAUGCAAAGUGGAAGGUGCUUGGCCCCUCAUAGACAAUAACUACUUAUCAGUGCAAGUGACCAAUGUGCCUGUGGUCUCAGGAUCCAGUGCUACUGCUACAAAUAAGGUAUGGGUUGUUCUUAAGCACUGUGCAUGCAUACAGAAGUAA